CGUCCAAUCACACACACCGGAGGACAGAUCAUGCGAAGAGGGCGGAUCUUGCGUUUGGAUGCGUUCGGUGCGCGAUCGCCGGUGCAAACGGCGCGCUGAGGGACCAAGCCUUCGCUACUUAGGGGUUAUUUAUGAGCUAGUGCGCGGCCGCUGGGUGGUAUCGGCUCAGCAGCAUCCCUGAUGUGAGUACAGCGUGAUUCAAGCAUGGAUACGCGGGCCACACCUGUACGCCAGCUGCGUUACCUGCGGACCUGUUGGAGACCACCGGGCACAGACGCGCAGAUCUGGGCAUCCUGCAGCGCGGCGAUGGCGUUGUGACCACCGGGUUCGACAAAGACCUUAUGGGGCCCCUUGCGCAUCAUCGCGCCCGCUGGAUUAUCAUAGCUCGGAUUCGGAGUGGGUUCCGUUCAGACCGGAUUUACACCGAACCUCAGCGUGUGUGAGUGUGAUUUUGAGACAAAGAAGACCCUCCGCGCAAACUGACGCGCUAUGGAUGCGGUUCAACUGGAUGGGCUCAACCCACCACCGGCGGAGAACGGCAGUGUGUCGCAGUCUGAGCCGCACAAGCGGCUCUCGCAGGUGGACACGGUGGUUCUGCCGUUCCUCGGCGGGUUUGGGAGGUAUCAGCGGCGCUUGGUGGCUCUAACGUGGAUCCCGGCGUUCCUCAUCUCGUUCAGCCAGUUCUCGGAUCACUUUCUGCUCGGUCAACCGGACAGAAAGUGCGUCCGUCCGGAUCAGAACAGAACGAGUUCGGCUCGGAUGAUUUUCGAUCUGAUCGCGACCGGGAACGACGCCGCCGCCGCCGCCGAGGGCAGCAACGUAACGGAGUGCAUGUGCUCUGAGUGGCGGUUUGAGCUGCAGUCGGGACUGCAGCAGAAUGUAGUCACCAAGUGGGCGCUGGUGUGUGACGGCGAGUGGAAGGUUCACAUCGCUAAGUUCUCUCUGUUGGUGGGCUCUAUCUUCGGAUACCUGCUGAUGGGAGCGAUGGCAGACUGGUUGGGCCGUAUCCCCGUGCUGCUGGUGUCUGUGCUGUCUGUGCUGGUGUUCGGUUUGGCCGUGGCCUUCUCCGUGGAUAUGGCCAUGUUCAGCACGCUGCGCUUCUUCGAAGGCUUCUGUCUGGCGGCGAUCAGACUCUCGCUUUACGUCCUCAGGAUCGAGUUGUGUUUGCCGGCGUGGCGUUUCUCCAUGACCAUGAUCGCCAGCCUGAUCAUCGUGGGGGGUCAGCUGCUGAUGCCCGGUCUGGCGGCGCUGUGCCGUGAUUGGCAGGUCCUGCAGAUCGUCAUCAUCGCCCCGUUUGUGCUCAUGCUGCCCUACGUCUGGAUGUUUCCGGAGUCUCUGCGCUGGCUGUUGGUCACUCAGCAUUAUCAAAGAGCCAAGCGACAGAUGUACCGCAUCGCCCAUAGCAACAGCGUCGACACGGCAACCGACCCCAGCGGCAUCCUGUCAGAGCUGGAGACUGAACUGCAGCAGAAGCCGAAGACGUUCUGCGUGACGCAGCUCACCGGCACCAGAAACCUGUGGAAGAACACCGUGGUUCUGUGCGUUAACUCGUUGACGGGUUACGGCAUCCAUCACUGCUUUGCGCGCAGCGUUCUGGAGGGCAGCGCGACUCACCUGCACUAUUACGCAUUAGCGGCGAUCGCCGUCGCGUCCUGCAUGGUGCUGUUUCCGGUGGUGGCCGGCUUCGGCCGGAGAGGAGGACUGCUCACCUUCAUGAUCAUCACGGCUCUGGCGUCGCUGCUGCAGCUGGGAUUGCUCAACCUGAUCGGCAAGUACAGUCUAUGGCAUGAUGCAGCUCUGCGGGACACGCUGAACCAGCGCUUCUCGUAUGCGUUCUCCAUCAUCGGGAUGUUCUCAUCUCAUGCUGUCAGCACACUCAGCAUCUUCUACUGCGCAGAGAUCACGCCGACGGUCAUCAGGGGUGGAGGUGUGGGUCUGGUCCUAGCGAGCGCAGGUUUCGGUAUGCUAACAGCGCCGCUGAUGGAGCUCCACAAUCAGAAGGGUUUCUUCCUGCAUCAUGUGAUCUUCACCUGCUGCACUCUGCUCUGCAUCAUUUGCAUACCGUUGCUCCCGGAAACCGCCGGCCAACCGCUGCCUGAGUCUAUCGCUGAGGGGGAGGGGCUUCUGCGGCGGCCCAUCCUCCACGGAGAACAGCACCACCUACUGGCCAGAACCGAGGUCAGGGAGUAUUCGCGCGUUCAGGACACGCCCCUUCACCAGGUCGUCAACCCCGGCAACGGCUCGGUGCCUAGCAACAGCACAGCCAAUGGCGUAAGGACUUCAUGACGCGGUUUGCUAAGGACGGCCGAACGAAGAGCGAUUGUCGAGAACGAGUUUCACUCAUUCGUUUUUUUAAACUGCGAAAUGCGACUGAUGUCGUGGUAAAGUGUCAAAUGCCUCAUUAACCAGCAUCAGUGAAAAAUUCCUACCAUUGUACAAACUGGAAAUGUUAUUUUAACUUGCAUUCAGCGAAAGGAGCUCUAUUUUUCGAACGGCCACUACAGAACAACAACCUCACGGAAGAGUUUCACUGAUUUGAAUGUGUUUUUUUUUGUAUGUUUGGUAAAUGUUUGGUAUUUAUUAUAAGAACAGAAUAACGUUGACAGUAAGAAAUGGCGGACUUCAUUCAUGUACGGGAGAUUGUAUCCACCACAGGAUAAAAAAAAUUAAAAAAGGUAUUUGUGACUUUCUCUCACAGUCACAACUCCGACUUUUUUCUCGCAAUUCUAAGAAAACAGUGUGCAAUUCUAAGUAAAAAAAAAGAAAUUGUAUAAUAAAAUGAUUUGGAGAAAAGUCAGAAUCGCAAGACAAAAACUGAGAAUCGCAAGAUUUAAAGUUGCAAUUCUGAGAAGUCAAAAUCACAAGUAAACUGGCAAUUUUGAGAAAAAGUCAGAAUCGCAAGAUAAAAACUGAGAAUCGCAAGAUUUAAAGUCGCAAUUCUGAAAAAAGCCAAUAUCGCAAGAUAAAACUUGCAAUUGAGAAAAAAGUCAGAAUCGCAAGAUAAAAACUGAGAAUCGCAAGAUUUAAAGUCGCAAUUCUGAAAAAAGUCAGAAUCGCAAGAUAAAAACUCGCAAUUGAGAAAAAAGCCAAAAUCGCAAGAUAUAAACUCGCAAUUGAGAAAAAAGUCAGAAUCGCAAGAUAAAACAUGGGAAUCGCAAAAAUUAAUGCCGCAAUUCAGAGAAAAGUCAAAAUUGCAAGAUUUAAUGUAGCAAUCCUGGGAACAGUCAGAAUCGCAAGAUAUAAACUCACAAUUCUGAGAAAAAAAGUUAGAAUUUUGAGUUAAAAAGUCACAAUUAACUUUAGUAACUGAGUUUAGACAAAAAAAACCCCUCAGAAUUGUGAGUUUGGAAAGUCUGAAUUAUAAAGUCAUAAUUAAAGUCUAAAUUAUGAGAUAAAAUUGUAAUUCAGGAUAAAAAGUCAGAAUUACGAGUUUAUAUCUCAUAAAGAUGCCUCGCGAUUCUGUAAAAAAAAAAGUUGCAAUUACUUUUAAAAAAAAUUUUGAUCCUUUGGUGGAAACAAGCUAAACAACAAAUGCAUUUCAUGAAUGAAGUUCGCUGUUCGUGUGCACCUCACUAUGUUCAGGUUUUUUUAGUCUGUCCGUUUUGCACUAAAACUAGAAAAGCAAUCACGAGUCGGCCAGAUGAAUCUGAACUGAACGUGUGUGAAACCACGACUGGACAGAUGAUGGCUGUAAAAAAAAAAAAAAAAACAGAACAAAAACAACAGCACAACUUAAUGGUCUGCUCUUAACCCUUGUGCGUCAAUUUAAAAAAAGUUACACAGAGGUCCUUAGAAGACAAAAAAAAAAAAAUCAUAAAAAUACGAUAUACUAAUUUUUUCCCCGCUUUCACUGACAUAGAUCUUGUCUUGAUCAAAACUAUCAAAAAUAAGUAAUUUUCAUGAUUUUAACCCUUUAAAUGCUAGUUUGUUUAUAUAUUGCCACUGUUGUUUUUAAUUAAAGAUGAAAUUAAUUAUUUUCCAUAUACUAAAUACUAAGAUUUUAUAAUUUUUUUUACAGUCUUGGAUAUGUCAGUGAUUAGCAAAAACAUUAAUGUUGAUGCAUUAUUUUGUGCAGUGUCAAAAAAAAAUUAUAUUCAAUUUUAUAUUUUUUUUUAGGCAGAAGCAGAAAAUCAGGUGGAAAAUCAUAAGAAAUUAAAGAAUUUUAAAAAUAGAAAAAAUUGCCAACAGAGUGAAAGCCUAUUAACAAAGAAUGCAUGCUUUUAUGCUUAAAUAGCAUUGGGAUUAAAUAUUGCAGUUUUAAUGGGUUUCAAUUGGGACAUUUUUGUCAAUGAGGUCCUGAGUGCAACUAUUUUUGUACCUAGUAUAAAAUAGAUUUAAGAAAGGAAAUGAGGGUGAAAUAUUAAGAUUAUAAUAAAACUACACAUUUUUGACUAAAUUUACACUGUUUGAAUUAACACACUCAAAAUGAUUAAAAAACAAACAAACAUGAAAAAGACUAAAAGUCCCCAAGGACGUGCAAGGGUUAAUAUGCAAACAUUUAUAAACUCAAUAACCACAGUUACAGGGGUGAAACCUGCCAGGAAAGUGUCACGGGACACAUUUCACAUCAAAAAUGAAAAGAAAUACAAUACAGAUGAAAAAUAAACGAGAUUUCGCAUCAAGAAAAUGAAGCUUUUUUUAGAUUUGAAAUGCUAAUACGUAAAAAUGUCAUUAUAUUACAGUAAUGAGAAUUUAAUGACAAUCAUUAGAAUAAUAAAAACAGAAAGAACAAAAGUGUAAUGUGCAGAUGCAUUACGAUAAUAAGAUUUUUUUAUUGCAUUGUGGUAAUGAGAUUUGUCAGAAGGGGAGAAAAUGAAAAUAAUGUCACAGUGCAGAAACAGGCUUCAUUUUAUGAAUUCAUUUUUACUUUUGGUGUGAAAUGUGACCCAGACAUUCACUUGUUUCAUAAAUGCGAACUCGGGCUGACGUGGAGCACGACCACUAGAAGGGCUGCUGAUUGUUUUCAAUGUAUAUUUAGCAAUUAUUAUUAUUAUUAAUGUGUAGAGUAGCGGUGGAGUAACUUGAACACCACAGAGCUCCUGUUUAUCCUCGAACUACUGAAUAAGAAACCAAAUUAAGAACAAAAACAGUCUCCAGGACGUCAAGGUUUUAAACAGUGAUUGCAGGUAUUGUGUGUGUGUUUAUACAGGAUUCUGGGAUAUAUAUAUAUAUAUAUAUAUAUAUAUAUAUAUCUAUCUCUGAAUAUAAGUUGUCAUUUCACUUCCUAAUGGCAGGAGUAAUAGUGAAUAAUCAGAAAUCCAUAGCACUCCAUAAUACUUCAAACACUGAUUAAAGCACAUCGUAAGAGCACAUAUGAGUCAAUCUCACAAAGCAAACAACAAUUCCAGGUCAUAUUUCACCCCAAAAAUAACAAAAACAAAAUGGCCAAGUAUAUUUUUCUUAAAGAAGCCUAUUUUUAGGACUAAAAAUAUUAUUUUAAUGUGAAAAAAAAAAAAAGUAUUUAAAUUUGUCAAGCACCCUUGUAGGUAUGCAUUACAAACAAAACAACAAAAUCUUAAUUAUGAAUGAAAAUAUAUUAAAAAUGAUAAAAUGUGUCACGAUGCGAUGAAAUCUGAAGUAUUUUAAAAAAUAAAAAAUAAUUUUGAAUUUGGCAUGAAACAUGACCUGGACACGCGUUAAUGAGAUUCACUCAAACGCAGGAGACUGAAACAUUGUAAAGCAUCAGUGUAUUUUUCUGUAUUUGACUCUCGCGUGUCAUUUUGACGAUUAAGAUUAAAUGAGAAUUUCAUACAUGUUAAUAGUCCAUUUGAAGACAUUGCACUUGUAAAUAAAUUCCGUUUUUUUAAUACAGUA